ACAGUUUCGCAAUUUCCGUUGAAAAUCACAGUAUAUAGUCGACAUGAAUUCUGUUUACAUCUUCGUCGCAAUUGCAUUCUGCGGUCUACAAUUGGCCCAUGGAGAGAUAGUAGAAAACACAGCUGACCGCUCCUUUGAACUUCAUGCCGGCAAUUGCAGCAAGGCAGUAGCCAGCGACAUCGUAUUUCAAGAUCAUCUUCGUCUAUUUGCAAUUCCUUUCGUCCAUAGAAGUGGCUUGUCUUCAUGGUAUGGAAAUGAGAAAAUUUAUUGCAUCUUGGCCUUGAGUGCGAGGGAUGAAUCAGAAGGAUCCACAGUUUCCAUAAAGGACGGUGGUCUGGGCCAAUACCGGGUUACUUUGGAAAUGGUAUCAGAAGUGAAUCAUGGCUUGGAAUAUAAUAUUGUAGUUUAUGGAAAAUAGAAAUGAAGUUUCAAGAAUCAGAAGCAAUCAACUAUGGUGGUGAAUGAGAUAUUGAGGCAAUAAAAUUUAUUCGUGGACCCAUU